CAUCUAAUGGAUACUUUGCUGCGUUCAAGGCUCAGGUGGACUAACUAACCCGCAGACUUGAUGACAGGGAGGUAAAGGUCCGGAGGCUCUUUUUAGAGGGGGACACAAUUUCAGUGUUGAGAGUGGAAAUGUCCGAGGAAAAUUUGGGGGAAGAGUCAAGCAGCUCCCCGGUCUCCCCUGUGGACAGCCUGAGCAACAGCGAGGGGGAGGCGGACACGCAGCCCAAAAGAAGCGCCAGGAAGCGGAGGCCGAGCAGGAAACACGUCGAGGACUCGGACAGUCCCGUUGAAGGAGCCAAGAGAGGCAAGAAGUCGAGCAGCAGCGGCAGCCCGCAGUCCCUGGAGGACCUCCAGAGCCAGCGAGUCAUGGCCAACGUCAGGGAGCGUCAGAGGACGCAAUCCCUCAAUGAGGCGUUCGCGGCCCUCCGAAAAAUCAUUCCCACGCUGCCCUCGGACAAGCUCAGCAAAAUACAGACGCUCAAACUGGCCGCCAGGUACAUCGACUUCCUGUGCCAGGUGCUGCAGAGCGACGAGCUGGACGCCAAGAUGGCCAGUUGUAGUUAUGUGGCCCACGAAAGGCUCAGCUACGCCUUCUCCGUGUGGAGGAUGGAGGGCGCCUGGUCCAUGUCCACGUCCCACUAGCACCAGGACCAGUUAAGCCCAACACGGUGACUGCUGAUUCUAUUCUUCUCACAUUUUGACGGGACAAACCUGGAGUCCAAUGCUGGAUACAUGGAUCACUAUAUUUAAAGCAAAGACCACAGAGGUUUUGCGUGGGGAUUUUUCUUGUUUUUGCAGCCCCCCUUAAGCCCACCACUCUGAUGAUGAUGGUGGUGUAUGUACUGUACAUGUUGUUGACGACGAAUGUUGAAAAUAUCACGGUUGAUGAAGAUUUUUUUUUUUUAAACCACAUGUAUUUGGAUUUAAUUCUGCCCGAGUGAGGCAGUUUGACGACUGUAUGGGUGUGUUUAUGAAUGCAUGUGUGCGUGUGUGCGUGUGUUAUUACCCACUGUUGGUGUAACCCACAUUCCAAAUGGCUGUGUCUUUGAGGAUCAAACCUGUGCAAGAAAAAAGUAUUUUCAAAACACAUUUAUUUAUUUAUUAUUGUAACAUUUUUUGGAGAAUACAUCCUGUGUCUGAAAUGCAAAUACAUUCCUAUUUUUAUUAUAUUUUUUUUGUAAAGGUUUGUAUAUUUUUUGCAAUAA